AUGGAAUUCCAUGACAUUCCCGGAUUUCCGGAUGCCGAUAUCGAAGAUACGAUCGAUCUCAGCUCCUGCCCCACUAUAUUCGUGCUUCCUACUCACAUAACCCUGGAAGAGCUCCAUGCUAUUGAAGGUACACUUUCGAAAUGCGGCGCUCCAUUAACCUAUGACAUCACGGAGGCCCGUCUAGCUAUUGGUAAAGUGUCCCACGAAAAGCGUGCAACAUUGGAGCUUCGUUCAAAAGGGCUCUGGACAGAGGGCAUUACAAUUGCAGAAGCAAUGGACGAACCAGCUCAAAAGCGUCGGCGUUUGGAUGAUAAUAAAAACAUUCGGGUGAUCAGAUUGAGCUGGGUACACGAGUCUCUAAAAGCAAAGGAGCCUCUACCGUUUGAACCGUUUACUGUUUACGAAGGCCGUAAAAUACCAAAGCCGCCUACUGCAAGCUUGGAGAAAGCAUUGUCAAGCACAACUUCCCCGGAUCGAUGUGCGGCUCAAGAAACUGCUCUCUACCAGAGUCCUGGUAGCAGCAUUCUUGAAAGGGCUAGAGGAGACACACCAUCAUCGUCAAUGAGAUUUAUACCAUCAUCUCCAUCUCGUCGAGUGAAGGCCACCUCGGGCAGUCCUUCAGUUAUUAAGCAAAGGCCAAAGUUGUACCGCGCCUCAACUUCGGACUUUGAGGAAGAAGCUUCUAUACCAGAUCCCCCUGAAUGGGUACGCAACAAAGUCGUAUAUUCCUGCUGUCGCUCUACUCCGCUUCAUUCACCCAACGCAGAGUUUAUCGGCCAACUGCUUAAGAUCAAAAAGAUCCGCGAGUUAACUUUGGAUGAGGUUGGGGUUCGUGCAUAUAGCACGUCCAUAGCUUCCUUGUCCGCAUAUCCAUAUAAACUGAAAUCUCCCGAGGAGGUUCUAUCCCUACCAGGCUGUGAAAAUCGAAUUGCGAAUUUAUUCACAGAAUGGAAACAUAGUAAAGACGGCAUCCUGGAAUCUACAUUACCGCUCACUACUGACCCAGCGCUGAAAGUUAUUAACUCGUUUCAUAACAUAUGGGGUGUUGGAGCUAAAUCCGCUAGAGAUUUUUAUUACCAGAAGCAAUGGAGAGAUUUAGACGAUAUAGUCGAACAAGGUUGGGAUACCUUAUCCCGAGUACAACAGAUUGGGGUGAAAUACUAUGAGGAAUUCCUUACUGGAAUCCCAAAGGAGGAAACUGUGUCUAUUGCCAAUACCAUACUGCACCAUGCGAAGCUCGUCAGGCCAGAUUCUGAUUUCGAUGGCGAAGGAGUUGAAAUUAUUAUUGUCGGUAGUUAUCGGCGGGGUAAAGAAGAGAGCGGCGACGUGGAUGUGAUCCUUACUCACCGGGAUGAAAGAGUGACGUCCAACCUGGUGUUCGAUGUCGUUGCAAGCCUCGAGCAAGAAGGAUGGAUCACGCACACGCUUGCUCUUCAUCUUACAAAUACCAACCGCGACCAACAGACUUUACCAUAUCGGGGAGAAUCAAGCGGAAAACCCAGGUUUGACAGCCUGGAUAAAGCUCUCGUCGUAUGGCAGGACCCUAACUUUGAUGAUAAUCCUUCAUCGCCAUCUUCGUCCGAGGACUCCGGGGAGAUAAAGUCCCCUCCUCUCGCACCAAAGGAGAAAGCAGAAGAACGGAAAAUGAACGAGGACGUGAAACGGCAAGAGCUUACCUCCCAAGAUUCCAGCCGUGAUACCCUGGCUGGAGAGCUUGGAACAUCAACUGCCCCAAUCGCGGUAAAUCCCCGAAAGGCAAACCCAAAUCUCCACAGGCGGGUUGAUAUUAUAGUAUCCCCUUUCCGAACUAUAGGGUGUGCUGUACUGGGAUGGUCGGGAGAUACAACCUUCGAACGUGAUUUACGCAGGUACGCCAAAAAGAUGCACAACUGGAAAUUCGACUCGAGCGGUAUCCGGUCUCGAGAAGGAAGUGGGGGGAGGAUUAUUGACCUUGAGAGCAAAGGGAAGACAUGGCAGGAGAGGGAGAAAUUGGUCAUGGAAGGCUUGGGGAUUGGAUGGAGGCCACCGACUGAGAGGUGUACAAGGUGA